AUGGGCAUAGAGACUCUCCCCGACGUCGAGGAAUCGACGGAACCUCCUAUAUGUGGCUAUACGGAGUCCUCUACAAAUUCACAUGCAACUAACAGCUUAAGCUUUGAGCUGUGCGACGAGAAACUCAAUCCGUCAAUCCACCCCGAGGGCCAGUGCACCGUCGAUGACCGACUGAAAAAUGCCCAUAUCUUGGAACCGUCUCACAUCGCUUCGUUCCUCGAUACAGACCUGCAAAAUGGACUUUCUUCCAGCGAGGCACUCCUCCGUCUCGAGAGAGAUGGUCCGAAUGCCGUCCAAGAAGUCACGGGCAUCUCCGUCUGGGGGAUACUCCUAAGACAGGUUUCCAACAGCCUGACAAUCGUUUUACUCCUCACCAUGGGUUUGUCCUUCGGGAUUGACGAUUAUAUCGAAGGAGGUGUAAUCACAGCGGUGAUCCUCUUAAACAUCAUCGUUGGAUUCUUCCAGGACUACCGUGCGGAAAAAACCAUCUUAUCCUUGCAACGUCUCUCAGCUCCAGAAUGUAAAGUCAUUCGGGAUACUCGAGUAACGCCCAUCAAGGCCCAAACAUUGGUUGUCGGAGACAUUGUGCGUCUCUCGGUUGGCGACAUUGUACCCGCUGAUCUACGAUUGUUCGAGGGUAUGAAUGCAUCGAUUGAUGAGGCACUCCUCACCGGCGAAUCCCUUCCUGUCCUCAAGACUCCAUAUGACACCCUUGAAUCCCCGGAUAUCCUCAUCGGUGACAGGAGCAACAUGGCAUAUUCCGGCUGUAGCACCACGCAGGGCCGAGCCAUGGGAAUAGUCAUAGCGACGGGAAUGAACACGGAGGUUGGAAAGAUUGCUCAAUUGCUACAACACCAAGAUAGCGAGGGUAAAAAAGUUCAUUCCCGGGUCUUGAACAGUGUCAUCUCUUCCGCUAAGAAGAUCUUGGGCCUGGUAGGAACGCCCCUGCAGGUCAAAUUGAGCAAAUUCGCGUUGCUACUCUUUGCGCUAGCUAUUCUGUUAGCCAUUAUUGUAUUCUCAGUCAACCUCUGGGACGUCCAGGGUGAAGUCCUCAUUUAUGGCAUAUGCGUCGCGGUUGCUGUUAUUCCUGAAUCUCUAAUAGCUGUGCUCACCAUCACUAUGGCUGUUGGCACCCAGGCAAUGGCGAAAGGAAAUGUCAUUGUCCGAAAGCUGCAAUGUCUAGAGGCUGUGGGGGGUGUCACCAAUAUCUGUUCAGAUAAAACUGGUACCCUCACGCAAGGGAGGAUGGUCGCUCGUGCGGCAUGGAUCCCGGGUGCUGGUACUCUGACAGUACGUGAGAUCACCGACCCUUAUGAUCCCACAAGUGGAAUCGUGCAGCUUGAUGAGGUUUUAUGGAAUUCAAAUCACUCGAUUGAGAAUCAUCCUGCAUUGCAUACUUUUCUUUCUGCUCUCUCACUCUGCAACCUCUCAGUUGUGCACCAUGAAAACAACGUCUGGAGUGCAGUUGGUGAACCAACUGAAGCCGCGCUUCAUGUUCUGGCUAUGCGUUUCGACUUUGCAAAAUGUGCAGUAAUCGCCAAACGCCAGAUCGACUUAUACACAGAGUAUCCAUUUAACUCUGCCAUCAAAAAGAUGACAGUCGUCUACAGUAAUGCGAGGGAGGGUAUCAAUGAGGUGUAUACGAAAGGUGCACCUGAGGCCAUUCUCCCCUCUCUAUCAAUUUCCAACGACGAAAAGAAAGUUAUUUACGAAGCAGCAGAUCGAAUGGCCGGAGAAGGCCUUCGGGUUCUAUGCAUAGGCGUGAAAAAGACACCAAUCGACCAAGACGAAAAUGUGUCCCCACGCUCCGCUGCCGAGUCGAACCUUCAGUUCGGUGGUUUGGUGGGACUAUACGAUCCACCCCGUAUCGAGAGCGCAACAGCUGUACGCAAGUGUCAAGUGGCCGGUAUCACAGUGCACAUGCUUACGGGAGACCACAUCAAGACCGCUACAGCCAUUGCAGCCCAGGUGGGUAUUUUAGAUCGUGUCUCGCUCAUCACGAAGCCAACGAAGUUGAUCAUGGCUGCCGAUGAAUUCGACAAAUUGACCGAUAAGGAGAUCGACGAUAUCGAGGAGCUUCCCCUUGUAAUCGCUCGCUGUAGCCCUGCCACGAAAGUGCGCAUGGUCGAGGCGAUGCAUCGUCGUGGUGCAUUUUGUGUAAUGACUGGGGACGGUGUCAACGACUCUCCUGCGCUUAAGAGAGCUGAUGUCGGUAUAGCAAUGGGGAAAAAUGGAAGCGAUGUCGCGAAAGAAGCCGCCGAUAUGGUUCUCACUGACGAUAACUUUGCAUCCAUUGUCAAAGCAGUCGAGGAAGGUAGACGAUUGUUUGAUAAUAUUCAAAAGUUUCUGAUGCAUCUUCUCAUAUCAAAUAUCGCCCAAGUCAUUCUUCUUCUGAUUGCGUUGGCUUUCAAAGAUGUGGGAGGUAACUCCGUAUUCCCACUAUCGCCUCUCGAGAUCUUGUGGGCAAAUCUCGUUACGUCGUCAUUUCUAGCUGUCGGUCUAGGCCUCGAGGAAGCCCAGCCUGACAUCAUGUACCGGCCACCACACGACCUACGCAUCGGAGUUUUUACCCGGGAGCUAAUAGUCGACAAAAUGAUAUACGGCACCUUUAUGGGAUCCUUAUGCCUGGUGGCCUUUGUAUGCGUCGUGUACGCUGCAGGGACAGGAUCUUCGGAUCUAGGAGACGGGUGUAACCAGGGCUACAACUCAACCUGCCAGACGGUCUUCCGAGCUCGGGCUACAACAUAUGCAACUUUGACAUUUUUGUUACUGGUCACAGCAUGGGAAGUCAAGGAUUUCUCGAGGUCUCUGUUUAACAUGGACCCGAUUAGAUGUCCGCAGCGACUUUCAAUUUUUCCUACCCUUUGGAGAAACCGGUUUCUUUUUUGGGCGGUAAUGGCUGGAUUCAUCAUUGCCUUUCCGGUGAUAUACCUUCCUGUUAUUAACCAGGUUGUGUUUAAGCAUCACUCUAUCACGUGGGAAUGGGGUAUUGUUUUUGGAUGCACGCUUACUUAUCUUGGGUGUGUUGAGAGCUGGAAGGCUGUUAAGAGGGCAUUUGGUAUCGGAAGUGGGAAGCAUAGCAUUCUUACUUUGGAGGACGCUGAGAUGAGAGCUGGGUUGAACACGCCGACGUUGAUGUCUUCCAGUGCUAACACGAGCGUGGAGAUGAAAUAG